AAACGCUCAAUCGAGUUUGCGCGGCUUUGAGCUUUGCAUUGCAAAAAACAAACAAAAACAUGAUUCUGCAAGACAUAACAUCUAAUCGAAUAUUUCAACUCCUAUAGUUCUAGAAAUCCAUGCCUCAUUUCUCCGCAGUGUCCAAAGUUUUUCUCAUCUCAAAAUUUGAUACCCAUUGUGUUCACUAAUUAUGUCUCCAUCUCCAGCUAAAAGGCCACGAAGGUCUUCCCGUCUGGAUGAAUGUCAAUCUCCGAAAGAAUCUCCCAGUUUCCGCAGCAGUCCCAGAUUUUCUGUUGACAGUUCAUCCAAGAUUAAAAAAUAUGCAGAUUCUUCUCCAGACAGUGAUGAGAGUGACGGAGAAAACACAUCUCAAGAAAUGCGAGAAAGAAAACGAAGUGUACGUCAAUCCCCUCGCAACUCUCCAUGUACCCCUAAAGCGAAGCGCAAAUUAGAUGUCUCUGAUUUGCACAAGAAAGUACUGACACCAAAACAAACUUCCAAUCAGCGUCUUUCUUUCAAGGAUGUCACUAUUUACUUGAACAAGAUUGAUGAAGAUUCAGAGACGAUUGUUGAAGAUUCAGAGACAGAAGACUCUUCACCGAAACCUUUAUCUACCUCAAAGUCAAGCUCAAGAAUCAAACGUCGAUUAGACUCUACCAAUGAAUUUAAAGCUCAAGACUCUCCCAAAGAGGCGGAGACAGCUCUGAGAUGUAGCUCUAGAACGAAGAGGAGAUUAGAGUCACAGGAUGAAAAUUUAACCCUUGACAAGCAGGAGCCUCUGACUCCCAAGUCAAAACAGAGAAUUCCCAAAGCAGAGGAGGCACCAAAAACUCCGAGGUCCAUCCAUAAACACCCAGAAGGGAAGUCUGGCUACUCAACUCCACAAUCAGCGAAAUUUAAAAUCAAUCCUAGUACACCAAGAACUCCCAUUGAUGAAGCAAGGGCUAACUUGCAUAUCUCAGCAGUUCCCAAGUCGCUACCUUGCCGAAAAUCUGAGUUCGACACAGUUUACAAUUUCCUUGCGAGAAAAAUUGAGUCUCAGUCUGGAGGAGUCAUGUAUAUCAGUGGUGUCCCUGGUACUGGAAAAACUGCAACUGUACACAAAGUUAUCGAGUCACUAAGAGAAGAAGCUGAAAAGGAAGAAAUUGAUCCGUUCAUUUUUAUCGAAGUUAAUGCUUUGCGGGUCUCUGAACCUCGUCAAGCAUAUGUCAAAAUUUGGAAAGACUUGACUGGGGAGACAGUUUCUGUUCCUGUUGCUCAGACCUCACUCGAAAAGAAAUUCAGCCGUUCAGCCAAAAAAGCCACAAUAAUUCUAGUUGAUGAGCUAGACUAUUUAUGUAACCGGAGACAGGAUGUCAUUUACAAUAUAUUAGAUUGGACUACAAAGCGAGAUGCCAGACUUAUAGUUUUAACCAUUGCCAAUACUAUGGAUUUGCCAGAAAGAACUUUAAAAGGCCGUGUCACCAGUCGAAUGGGGCUGACUCGCCUAAUGUUCCAGCCGUACACUCACACUCAGUUGCAGGAAAUAGUCAUGAACAGAUUAGAUAAAUUCAAGGUAUUCCAACCAGAUGCUGUUCAAUUAGUUUCAAGGAAAGUUGCAGCUGUCUCAGGUGAUGCCAGGAGAGCUUUGGAUAUCUGUCGAAGAGCCACAGAGUAUGCAGAUGAAAAAACGCUUGUCACAAUCAUACAUGUCCAAAAAGUGCUUCAGAGCAUUUUCACAGGACCCAGAGUGAUGACCAUCCAAAAUUGCAGUGAAAUGGAAAAGUUAGUUUUACGAUCUUUACGAGAUGAAAGCCUACGAACUGGAGUUGAAGAAACACACCUGAAAAAAAUGUAUCGGGGUUUGACUGGCUUAUGUGGUGUUGAGGCCCUCCACGUCCCAAGUAUUGGCUCUGUUUCGCAGCUUUGCACGAAAUUGUCAAAUAUGGGUUUGAUUAUUGCCGAGAAUAGCAGCAACACUUAUUUAUAUCGAAAACUUUUACUGAAUGUAAGUGUGGAUGACUUACACUUCGCACUCAAUGAGAAUUUUCAGUAAACUUAAUUCUUUCAACUUUGUAAAGGAGAGAGUGCUCAUAGGCCACACAAAUUUCCUACAAUUUUUUUUCAAGUGAUAUGAACAUGCAAGAAACAGGUUCAAAGUUGCGUAGUUUGAACUCCUGUUAUAACGCUUAUCACCAGGGAAGUCAAGAUGGCAUCUGAGCAGAUCUCCAAAGCGGUGGUCACACUUUCAAUAGCACAUUCCUUCUGGCAUGAUUCAUGGCCCGUUGAUACAGGCGUUGAUAGCAUACGUUGAUAGCACAUAAUAAGCAAACAUAUUGGAAUUUUCAUUUUUCAAGAAAUCAUAACUUUUUGAUGUGAGUAAUGCACCUGACGAUGGUUUUCAUGAAAAUCGAAAGAUUUGAAUGUGUUUUUUUAUUUUCUGUUAUCGAUGCACGGGCCAUGAAUCGUGCCAGAGGAAAGGUUUGGUCGCAAGUGUGACCGCCAUUCGAGGGAUCUCCUUGGACACCAUUUUGAGUUUCUCAGUGAUAUGUGUUUUAAUGGGAGCUUAACAUUCGCGACUUGGAACUUUUUUUUCUGAUUUAAUAUUGCUCAAAAAAAUCAGAGGAAAUUCCUGAGAACUAGGUGCACGCCCAACCAUUCAAAAAUACUAAAAGCAAAAAAUACUGAACAAGCUCGUUGCUGAUUUUUUCAAUCGGAAUUCUCUUUUUUAUACCGUUGACAGAUAAUGCUUGAUGUUAUUUUUUCAUUUCAUUGAUUUUAUCUGCUGAUGUUUUUACUUAAGUGGCAAAAAUUACUUCAGAGGAAGGAGAUACUAUUUUUAAAUAUCCUGAAUCACUAAGGAUUUCAACCACCUCUUUACUCAGUCAAUCACCUCAAUCAUCUGUUUCUCUUAUUUUAUUCGUUUUCUUCCUGAGUAUCUACUAUAACUAAGUCACUGAAUGUAGCUGAAAUAAAAUGAGAUUUAGGGGUGAGCAUAGCAUAGCCUAUAUAAUCAAGAAAAUUUUAUGUAAGAAGCUCAAAAAUUCCAAACAAUUUUAAUUUUAAGGCAUUUUUACAAGUGAUCUUCAUGAAUCAAAUACAACUGAAGAUUCUUUUAGAUAAUAAUUUCAUUUAAAUGAGAAUCAUACAAAUAAAAACAAAAGUAAUAAUAAUCACCUUCAUGAUCAAUUAUAUUUGAAGUAACAAAUAAAAAUCUCGAAUUUUAAAGUGUGCCUUUUGCUUCAAAAUCCACACCUAAUUUUAUAAACGUGACAAAUACAAGUGUUGAUCUGUUCAAUCAGUUAUCUUAGUAUGUAAGUCAAUUAUUUUUCUAUUCUCACAACUGAUAGUUUCCUUUUUAUUGAUGCAUGUGGUUGCCUAUUUUUAUUAUUCAGUGGCCUGUAGUUUACAAUCUGUGAUUUUCAAACUGGCGUUUUUCAAUUGUUGUAUGUAAUUUAUAUUAAUGUGAUCCAAAUACAUUAUUUUUAACAAAGCAUA